CAGAAUCCUCAGCAGCGGCGAGGACCAAGAGGCGUCCUUCCUGGCGUGCGCCGGGGUUCUGACCCGGUCUUGAGUAGGCCAAGGAGUGAGAUGGCUGAUACCAGUGCUGGCGGAGUGGCGGGAUCCGAGGCCGGGAAGGCCCCGGUAGCGCAGCGCAUUGAUCCGGCGCGAGAGAAACUGAGCCCGGCCCAGCUGAGUUUCAUGCGGCAGGUGGAGCUCUCCCAGUGGCAGAAAACGCUUCCGCAGCGACGGGGCCGGAACAUCCUGACCGGCCUGAGCAUCGGGGCCCUGGUGUUGGCCAUUUAUGGCUAUACAUUCUACUCAGUGUCCCAGGAGCGGUUCCUAGAUGAUUUGGAAGACAAGGCAAAAGCUGCUAGAGUGAAAGCUGCUGGCACCAACAGCCCCUAGACCCCAAGUUGGUACUCAGACUCUCUCCACACUGGACGGAACUUCUUCUGUACUUCCCCUCCCCUCCAAGAAAAAGGCUCCUACUGGGAUAAACCUCACCUUGGGAUGUUGUUUGGUUAUGGAGUCCCACCUUACUUUGGUAAUUGUGUAUCCAGCCAGUUUGAUGGGAACACCUAUUUCUUCUCCCUCUCCCUACCCCCCCCAAAAGAAAUUGAGCCUUUGUCACAGUAGAGAGGAGGCAUAACUAUGUCACCCUCAGCUUUUUCAGUAGCACCUUAUUCAUGUCUUCAUACUGCUUCCUACUGUAGAGAUUUAAAACCAUUGUGGGGGGGCAAGUAUGGCACCACUAUUCUUUGUUGAAAUCUGAUGUGGCCGUGAUGGUAGUCAAGUUGAGGGCUGAUUCACAAUAAAGUGAAUCAGCUGUUCUAGA